AUGAUUGCUGAGAAACUGCAAGGUUUGGGUCUUUUAUCGAAUAAUGAGUUAGAUAAAUGGGAUGAUUUAAAAAUUUACAAUGUUGGUAUGCGACGUAUUUUGAAGAAAUUGAAAACAAAAAAAUUUAUUGUUCAAAAACAACAUUUGUUGACUAUUCUGAAUCUAAUUAAGAGUAAUCGUCGAAAACUAACAAGCGAAUUCAAAUAUGGAGCAGGCCAUAAACUUCGAAAAGAAACUGCUAUAAAAAAAGUAAAGUGGGAUGACUCUGUAUCUGCAUUCAAAAGUCGAAUCAGAACUGGUAUUAUAAGUAAUCUUAAACAUAAAGAUCCUAAAGAGUUUUUGAAGGAUUGUAAAGCUCUUUGUCGAAGUCGUAUUAAGAAUACUCUAAAAAAAUAUGAAGCUAUCAAAGUGAAUACAGUUUUUUGUGGAGAAUUUCAAAUAAUGACUGCAAAUAAAACACUUUCUGAGUAUAAACCCUUCACAACUUCAAAUGUUCCAAUAUACCAGGUUACAGAUAUGAAUGAAUGGUUUGAUAAGAACGUUAUCAAUCCAAUAACACGUGAUUUAGAAGAAUUCGAACAACGUGAAAGCGGUUGGAGUCUUGUAAAUAUUAUUAACCUUGGGGUUAAUAUAAAUAAAUAUACACCACUGCUUGGAUCCUCAUAUAUUGAACUACCUACCCAAAUCAAACGAAGAAAAGCUUGCAUAAAUGUGAAAAAUAAUGAUGAUGCAUGCUUUGCGUGGGCUGUGACGUCCGCAUUGUAUCCUGUUGAAAAGAAUCAUGAUCGAGUAUUAAGAUACCCACAUUAUUCAAAGGUAUUGAAAUUGAAAAGUAUCCAAUUCCCUAUGACCUUGAAGCAGAUUCCAAAUUUUGAAAAUCAAAAUGAAGUAUCGAUAAAUGUUUUUGUACUGAAGAAACAUCGAAAAAACUUUAAUGUUGUACCAUGCUAUCUGAGCAAAAAUAAAAUGACUAAACAUAUAAACUUAUUGAUGAUUCAGAAUCAAUAUGAUGAUGAUGAAGAUGCUGAUGUUGAUGGAGAUAAUUUAUUACCCAUUCGUUAUCAUUAUGUUUGGAUUAAAAAUCUAUCUCGUUUGGUUUCUUCCCAGUUGAAUAAAGAUAGUCAUAAAAAGUAUUUUUGUGAGCGAUGCUUACACUAUUUCUACUCGGAAGAAAAAUUGAACGCCCAUUAUGAAAUUUGCAAGCAAGUUAAUGAUUGUGUAAUAAGAAUGCCAAAAACAGGAGAAAAUAUUUUAAAGUUUAAGAAUUUUAAAAAUAAACAGAAAACGCCGUUUAUCAUCUAUUCAGAUAUUGAAAGUGUAUUAGAACCCAUAAAUAGUCAUAAUAAAUAUCAGAAACAUAUACCUGCUGUUGUGGGCUAUUAUUUUAAGUGUGCUUAUGAUGAUUCACUAUCAAAUUAUCGUUCAUAUCGUGGAAUGGAUUGUAUGGAUUGGUUUACAAAGGAAUUGAAGCGAUUGUCUGAAGAAGUUGAGACAAUUCUUUUGUGUUCAUAUGAGAUGGAUCCAUUAACUACUAUUGAAGAGGAAGAUUUUCAGAAAUCGUCCCAUUGUCAUAUAUGCAACAAGCCUUUUGUUGAUGGAGAGAAGAAAAUUUGCGAUCAUUUUCAUCUUAUGUCGAAAAGUGGUGGAUAUAGAAAUGGAACUAAUUAUAGAGGCCCGGCCCAUGAUUAUUGUAAUAUAAAUUAUCAAGAUAGCCAUGUGGUUCCUGUAGUCUUCCAUAAUAUGUCAAAUUAUGAUGGGAUAUUGAUAGUGGAGGAUGUUGCAACAAAAAUUGGAGGGCGUGUUGAACUACUACCUGUUACUAAAGAAAAAUAUAUUUCUUUUAGUAAAAACAUUGAGGAUUCAUCUAUCAAGUUUCGUUUCAUAGAUUCAUACAGAUUUUUAGCUUCUUCCCUUGAUAAGCUAGCAUCAUACUUGUCGGAAUUUCCUAACAUGAAGAAGCGUUUUUCUAAAGUUUCAGAAAAUCAGUUUCAAUUGUUGAAAAACAAAGGUGUAAUGCCAUAUGAUUUUAUUGAUUCUUUUGAUAAAUUUAAUUACACUCAACUACCGAACAUAGAAGCAUUCUAUAAUCGAUUGGAGGAGAAACAGUGUUCUAGACAAAUGUAUCAUCAUGCGCAAAACGUUUGGUCAGCAUUUAAUUGUUCAAAUUUAGGUGAUUAUGUAGAUCUCUAUAUGGAAACGGAUAUAAUGCUACUUACGGAUAUUUUCGAAACGUUUAGAGCAACCUGCCUGUCUACGUACAACCUUGACCCGGGAAAUUACUAUACACUCCCGGGUUAUACGUGGGAAUGUAUGUUGAAGUAUACAAAUAUUGAGCUCGAAUUGUUGACUGAUAUAGAUAUGAUGAUGUUUGUUGAACGAGGAAUUCGCGGUGGUUUGAGUCAAUGUAUGAAACGACGUUCCACAGCGAAUAAUAAAUACGUUCCAGGAUUUGAUCCAUCCAAGCCUGAAGUGCAUUUACUUUAUUUAGACAUUAACAAUCAAUAUGGAUGGGCGAUGAGUCAGUGUCUUCCUUACAGUGGUUUUGAGUGGUGUGAUACAAAUAUUGAUGUUUCAAUGAUUUUGGAUGAUGCCGACAAUGGGUAUUUCCUAGAAGUUGAUCUCAUAUAUCCUGAAAAACUUCAUGAUAAACAUAAGGACUUACCUUUUUGUUCUGAACAUAGAUCAGCACCUAAUUCUAAACAGAGUAAAUUGAUGAGUACCCUUCAUGAUAAAGAGCGAUAUGUAAUUCAUUAUAGGACGUUGAAGCAAGCAUUAAACUAUGGACUAGAAUUAACAAAAAUUCAUAAAGUUUUAAAAUUUAAACAGUCGCCUUGGCUUCAAUCAUAUAUUGAUUUAAAUACCAAACUACGAAAGAAUGCCAAUAAUGAUUUUGAGAAAAAUUUGUAUAAAUUAAUGAAUAAUGCUGUCUUUGGAAAAACAAUGGAAAAUAUUAGGAAACAUUCUAAUGUAAAGCUUGUGACAAAAUGGGAGGGUCGGUAUGGGGCGGAAGCUUAUAUAUCUAAACCGGAAUUUCAUUCUUGUACAGUUUUUAAUCCAAAUUUGGUAGCCAUUGAGCUGAAAAAGAUGGAGAUAUUCUUCAAUAAUCCCUUGUAUAUUGGUAUGGCAAUCUUAGAUUUAGCUAAAACUACAAUAUACAAUUUUCAUUAUGGUUAUAUGGUUCCACAGUUGAGUGAUAACUGCACCGCCCUCUAUACUGAUACUGACUCGAUAAUUUAUGAAAUUCGAAACCAUGACCCCUAUGAAUUAAUAAAAAGAGACUGCCGCAAGUAUUUCGAUACAAGCGACUACCCUCUACCUAAUGUUUACAAUAUACCUCAUGCUAAUAAAAAAGAGCUUGGUAUGAUGAAGGGUGAAAACAGUGGAACUCCUAUGACUCAUUUUGUUGGGUUAAGAUCCAAAUUAUAUACAUUUAAAAUAGCAGCCCCCCUAGAAAAACAAGCAAAAUCACAUGAUGAUGCCGCAUUUGAACAUGGGAAUAUUGUACAAGAAUCUAAUAAUAUUGGGUUAACAAAAAAGGCUAAGGGAGUUAAAAGGUCGGUUCUUAGUACGAAAAUAACAUUUGAAGAUUAUGUUGAAUGUUUGGAGAACUUUAAAGAGAUAUCGGUUAAUCAAAACCUCAUAAAAUCUGAAAAACUUGAACUUUAUACUCAAACUCAAACAAAAAUUGCUCUUAGUCCUUAUGAUGACAAGCGAUACAUUAUACCUGGUUCCUAUAAUACACUACCUUGGGGUCACUAUUCUUUGAAAACUUCUUAUAAACGAAAAGUUGAAGAGAUAGAUGGAUCUUGUAUCAAUAAGAAAAAGGUAUAG